GUGUGAGCGCGCGGCCUGCUUCUAUAUGCAUGAGAUUCCCGCGGUCAUCAUUCAAACAAUCUAACCAGUGUGUGUGACGCGAACGGUUGGCGGGAAACGGUGUUCAGUUGAGCUGUGAUGGCCAAGCGGAUUGCGGAAAAAGAGUUGACCGACAGGAACUGGGAUCAGGAGGAUGAUGGAGAAGAGGCAGGAACGUUUUCGAUUGCGAGUGAUGAUGUGAUGAAAAACCGCGCCAUCAAGAAAGCCAAGCGGCGUAACGUUGCAGAGGGAGAGAGUGGAGGGGCUUUCAAAGCGUUUAAGGGGUUUUCUCUGGCUCCAGCCACAGCGACGGCUUCGUUCUCUGGCUUCGGCAAUGGUGCUGGCUUCAAACCCAUGGCCAGCCUGACCAAUGGCAGCGUGGCAUCAGUGGCUCCGUCAUUCACAGGUUUCAACGUUCCUGCAUCUGCUAAAACUAACAGUGGUCCUUUAACAUUCAGCAGCUCCACCCCCUCCAAGCCCACAGACGGUGAGGUCACCUCCAACGGCUCCGCCCCCAGCAGUAAAGAGUACAACCGGCAGCUCACAGCGCUGAACUGCUCGGUGCGCGACUGGAUCACCAAACACGUCAACGACAACCCGCUGUGCGACCUCAACCCCAUCUUCCGGGACUACGAGCGUCACCUGGCCAGCAUCGAGAGGAAAUACGGCAGCGGGGCGGCAGACGAAACACCAGGGAAGCCGCUGGCAUCCUGUGCUGCGGCUCCGCAGACCGUCUCCCUCAAAAACAAGGACGACAAGCCUCCAGCAGAAAAGCCAGCAGCUCCUCCGGGAGUCUCCUUUAAUUUCGGAAAGAAGGUGGACAGCUCGGUGCUCGGGGCGCUGUCGUCAGGUGGAGCGCCGUCGUUUUCCUUCUCCUCUUCGUCUUCUUCUUCUGCUGUGUUUGGCUCAGCCGUCAGUAGCGUCAGUAGUCCUGUGGUCAACUCGGACAGCAACAGCCAGACUGCAGAUGAGAACGGGGAGGACUCUGAGGAGCCGCCGGUGCCUGUGGUGAAGGAGAUCAAGGAGAAAGACGCUUUCUACUCCAAAAAGUGUAAGCUGUUCUACAAGAAAGACGGCGAGUUUAAGGAGAAGGGCGUCGGGACGCUGCAUCUGAAGAUGACCACCGAGAGCAAACUCCAGCUGCUAGUGCGCGCAGACACCAACCUGGGGAACAUCCUGCUGAACAUCAUGGUGCCCUCCUCCAUGCCCUGCUCACGAACUGGCAAAAACAAUGUGAUGGUGGUGUGUGUGCCAAACCCUCCCGUGGACGACAAGAACCCCAGCGUGCCCGUCCCAGUGCUGAUCCGCGUCAAAACAGCCGAGGACGCAGACCAACUGCACCGAGUCCUCCAGGAGAAGAAAGCCUAAAUCACCUCCUGUGUGUGUGUGUAUAUAUACAGUACAUAUAUAUGUGUGUGUGUGUGACCCACACAUACACACCCCUGUGAAGCAGCACAUGUCCCCCGUCCGUCUGUCUGUCUGAUCGAGAACUGUUAUUCUUCUGCAUCCCGUUAUUGCUCUGGAAAGCCGUGGGUUCACCGACUGUGAAGUUACUGUGAGGUUUGAUAGUGGAGCGGGAGUCUGGAUUCAUCAACAUUCCUCUGAGUUUUAAUUUAGCUGCUACUGAAGGAGUUCUGCGAUGGAGGCCGGAGAUUUACCGGGACGCUUUUUCCUUUUGUUGUAGGAUUUUCAAGUUCUGUACGGCUUCUCCCGCUCCUGUAGAGGUCAGUAUUACAUCCACUCGCUUCUCCGACUCGCUGAUUUUUUUAAUGGCAGGGUUUCCACUGAGAGAACGUCGAGAUCAAAUCUCCUCUCGGGAUGGUGGUAUUUAUUUUUGGCUUUAAGGAUGGAGUGUUCGGCGUACGCUGAGCAACUCGAGGUGUGAGGAUGAAUGCGGGUUCAACGGCGGUCUUUCUUUCGUUUCUUUAGCUUUGUUUCUCCCUGUAAGUGGCCUUUUUAACGCCUUACACCAUGAGGUAUGCCGUGUUUUAAGUGUUGAGCAGCUGUUGAUCUACUUUACAUUCAUUUACUGGUGAAUAAAUCGAACGAAUCUGACGUACGACUCUUCAUUUCCAAUGUACUGCCGUUUAGAUUUACCCUCAGGGUUCCCACAUGUCUUGCCAUAGAGCUUUAUCACAGCGGAAUUGAAUACCGUCAAAGCAGUGUACCGCCUUUUCCCGUUUCGCUAGCAGUCGCAGAAACGGACAUUGGAUGACGUUCUCACUGUCAACAUUGCCAUAAUUUGGACAAGGAGACAUUGUGGUUAAUGUGUGAAACAGACGUAGCCUAAAUAAAACCACAUGGAUCUCA